GGAAUCGCUUCUCUUCCGAGCGGUCGGCAGCGAGUCCUGGAACUGUGGUCCUCCAGACGCUCCGAGAGGCGAUCCUCUUCGAAGCCUCAAAAGCUGCCGGACUUGCUGGUCCAGCUGUGUGUUUUUCUCUUCCUUGCCCCUCUUGGCGGGCGCCCAGGAUCCAGGCAUCGGCAGAAGGGACCUGAGCGCGGCACGAAGAUGGGAAACAGUGCCCUCCGCGCUCAUGUGGAAACGGCGCAGAAAACGGGUGUCUUUCAGCUUAAGGACCGUGGGCUGACCGAGUUCCCCGCAGAGUUGCAGAAGCUGACGAGCAACCUUAGGACCAUCGACUUGUCCAACAACAAGAUCGAGAAUCUCCCGCCUGUGGUAGGGAAGUUCACUCUACUGAAGAGCCUGUCCCUGAACAGCAACAAACUGACUGUUCUACCCGAUGAGUUAUGCAAUCUGAAAAAACUUGAGACGCUUAGCCUAAACAACAAUCAUCUAAGAGAACUACCACCUACCUUUGGACAGCUCUCUGCUCUCAAGACCCUGAGCCUGUCUGGGAACCAACUGGGAGCACUGCCACCCCAACUUUGUGGCCUCCGGCACCUGGAUGUGGUGGAUCUCUCUAAGAACCAGAUUCGGAGUAUACCUGACCUAGUGGGGGAGUUGCAGGUCAUUGAGCUCAACCUCAACCAGAACCAGAUAUCUCAGAUCUCAGUAAGGAUAUCUUGCUGUCCUCACCUUAAAGUUCUUCGCCUGGAGGAGAACUGUCUGGAACUCAGCAUGCUUCCACAGAGCAUCCUCAGUGACUCCCAGAUCUGUCUACUCGCUGUGGAAGGCAAUCUUUUUGAAAUAAAGAAACUUCGAGAACUGGAAGGCUAUGAUAAGUACAUGGAGAGGUUCACAGCCACCAAGAAGAAGUUUGCAUGAUGUUCUCCAUGUCCGUGGGAACCUCUCAGGACACUAAUGUGGAGCCUCACUUGGAAACUGACUGCAUCAGACUCCUGUUGUGCAGCAUAUUUGCAGCAAGAAGACAACACUCCAUAUUUUACUCAGUAAUCUUUUCAGGGCUAGCUCACAUAAGCCAAAAGAAAAGGAGUCAAGGAGACCCGAAGAAUGCUCCCCUUUGAGUCACAGAUAGGGCAGUGAACAGUGCUGCUCCUUAACACCAAUACCUAGUUGCAAUUUAUAGGGUGCAGGGUGCUGCCUGCUAACAGAAUGGCUGCACCACAGCUUGAGAUUGUCUCAUUUCGAUGUGAGCUUUCAUAAAAUCAGUUGCCAUUCCAUGUUUGUGUUCACACUUCGUAUUUUUAUGUAAGGUAUGAGAAGCUGGUGUGGCUAAUCUUAAGGAUUUAUUAUUCCAGGGCAUCAGUUCAGUUGCAGUGUUUAUAUUUGGGAGUUUGUAACUGUCUUGACUAGAGUGCGCUGUAUUAGAGAAGCACCAAUACCACACCAAGAGAUGCUCCUAAAGGCUGCAGUAGCAAUUUCUUUACUAUUGCAGGUGCCUUAUUGGUGGAGAGCUCUGAAGAG